GAAAAAGCUCAACAUGAAGAUGGCAAUAGCUUGAAAGACGUGAUCGAAGAUACUCUUAUGUGGAAGGAUAUUAAUGAAAAGUCCAAGAAAGCUACUGAAAUGGAACAUACAAUGUCGCUUUGGGACGGUUUGAGAUCAUAUCCAAAGGCUGUAGGUUGGUCCUUAGUUGUUUCGACCGCUAUCAUCAUGGAGGGUUACGACACGACACUUCUUGGAUCUUUCUAUGCUUAUCCGGCCUUUCAAGAAAAAUAUGGAGAGCCUGUUGCUAGUGGGGGGUAUGCAAUUCCAGCAAGAUGGCAAACUGCCCUUGGUAUGGGAACCAAUAUCGGAGUCCUGAUCGGUGUAUUCAUUAAUGGUUUUCUCACUGAAAGGCUAGGAUACAAGCGAAUGAUGUUGUACUCCCUUGCGGCUAUCAGUGCUUGUAUCUUUGUCCCAUUCUUCUCUCCUAACGCUCCUGCUCUUCUUAUUGGUCAAAUAAUGUGUGGUGUUCCUUGGGGAGUUUUCAGCACCCUGGCUCCUGCAUAUGCUUCAGAAGUUUGUCCAGUGGUACUCCGCGGCUAUCUCACAACAUAUGUCAACUUAUGCUGGGUCAUCGGUCAACUUAUCGCGGCUGGAGUUUUGGAUGGACUUCAAACGAGAACUGAUGAGUGGUCGUAUAAGAUUCCAUUUGCCCUUCAAUGGAUGUGGCCCUUACCCUUAUUUAUCGCCAUAUGCUUUGCGCCGGAAUCGCCUUGGUGGCUUGUUCGAAGAGGACGUGUUAAUGAUGCCACAAGGGCACAGAAAAGGCUGUCCAACUACUCUACAAAUAUUGACGAGGUGGUAGCUAUGAUGAUUCACACAAAUGAAUACGAAAAGGCAAUUAGCGAAGGAACUUCAUACUUGGACUGUUUCAAGGGAUCCAAUCUUCGGCGAACUGAAAUUUGCUGUAUGGUUUGGUGCAUACAAAAUCUAAGUGGAUCUCCUAUUGCGUCCUAUGCCACAUAUUUCUUUUUGCAAGCUGGCCUUGCCUCGUCAAAUGCAUUCGCCUUGAAUGUCAGUCAGUAUGCCUUUGGUUUCGUUGGAACGGUUCUGUCUUGGUUUUUGCUUACUCGGUUCGGACGUCGAACGAUCUACUUAAACGGCCUCUGUGUAUGCUGCGUCCUUAUGUUUUUAAUUGGCUUUUUGGGGUUAGCUCCAGCUAGCAAUACUUCCAUCCCUUGGGCAACAUCUGGUCUCCUGCUUGCAUUUGUCUUUGUCUACGAUCUUACUAUUGGGCCUGUCUGCUAUGCGCUUGUGAGCGAGAUUUCCUCCACAAGAUUACGUGGAAAAAGCAUUGGAUUGGCGCGAAACUUUUACAACAUACUGAGUAUCUGCUUUAGUGCUUCCACACCGUAUAUGCUAAAUCCUGAUGCACUUGACUGGAAAGGCAAAGUCGGACUCUUUUGGGGCAGCAUAUCAUUUUUAUGCGUCAUUUGGACUUAUUUUCGCCUACCAGAACCAAAAGGUAGAACUUAUGAAGAGCUGGACAUCAUGUUUGAAAACAAUGUGCCCGCUAGACAGUUCAAGAGUUACAAGAUUGAAAAGUGA